AAUAGAUCAGGCGAACCGCGAAAUCACUUGGCGAAUAUUCGCGAGAAAGAAAACAUGGCGCCCGUGGAUAAUUCGCCGGCGAGCAACAUGGGUGGUUUUGAAUUGAUUUGUUCGUUAACUUCGAACGAAAUCAUUCCAGUUCAUAAGUACAAGUCGGUCAACACCGGCCUCACAGUUUUUAUCGCGGAAGUUGAGGGUCCCGUCGUCUGCGGUUACUUGGGUCUAGCAACUGAGGCAUUCGAUGACGAUGGACUACCUCACACACUGGAACAUCUCAUAUUCUUGGGUAGCGAGAACUAUCCUUACAAAGGCAUUUUGGAUCUACUGGCAAACAGAUGCCUGGCUUCCGGCACCAAUGCAUGCACCGAUGUCGACAAUACAUUCUACACUAUGGAAACAGUUGGGAGCGAAGGUUUCUUAACGCUGCUACCAGUAUACAUUGACCAUAUCCUUUAUCCUACUCUCAAGGAUUCAGCAUUUAUUACUGAAGUUCAUCAUAUCACUGGAGAAGGCGAAGAUGCAGGUGUGGUUUAUUGCGAAAUGCAAGGAAAAGAGAAUGUUGGCGAAUAUCUGGUGCAUAAUGAAUUGAAGAGAGCCAUUUAUCCUGGCAAAUGUGGAUAUAAAUCAAACACUGGAGGUGAAUUGAAAAAUUUAAGAGAAAGUACUAACAAUGAAAAAGUUAGAAAGUAUCACGAAGAAUUCUAUAGACCUGAAAACUUAUGCAUCAUUAUUACUGGACAAGUAAAGCAUGCAGAUGUUUUUAAAGCAUUACAGCCCAUAGAAGAAAAAAUUCUUGCAAAGGGUGAUCGAGGUCCUUUCACAAGGCCUUGGCAAGGCAAAGUACCGCCAUUUCCUAAAAAUGUUGAUAUGGAUAUUUAUUAUCCUUGCAAUGAUGAAGAUAAUGGAUUAGUUUACAUUGGAUGGCGGGGUCCCUCAGCAAUCUCUGGCAGAUCUGAUCUUUUGGCCUGCACUUUACUACUCAAAUAUCUAACAGAUACAUCUGCUAGUCCUUUGCAACAAGAAUUUGUGGAAAUAGAAGAUCCAUUCGCUAGCGACGUUAGAUUCUCUUUAUCUGAAAAUUCCGAAUCACUUUUAUAUCUCAUGUUUGAAAAUGUACCAAAGCCCAAAGUUUCUAAAAUAUCUGUUCGCUUAAUGAAUGUAUUAAAAGAUAUUGCUAAAGAUGAAAGUAAAAUAGACAUGCAGAGGAUGAAUACUGUGAUUCACAGGCACAUAUUAGAGACAUUAAGUAAUAUAGAAAGCAGUCCUCAUGAUUCAGUUGCUUUUAUGAUCAUUGGAGACUUUUUGUUUGGAAAUAGUAAAGAAGAUCUUGAUACAAGACUCAAUGAAAUUGAAAGUCUGAAAAAACUCAAAUUAAAGCCAGUUACAUACUGGAUAGAAUUGUUAAAUAAAUAUUUCAUUCAAGCGCCCUCAGCUGUUAUGAAAGGUAUACCAAGCAUAGAUAAACAGCAAGAAUUGGCUGAUAUAGAACAGAAACGCGUUUCUGAACAGAUUAAAAAACUGGGACCAGAAGGCUUAAAGAAAAAAGAUCAGGAACUGCAAAAAUCAAUCGUGGAAAAUGAAACGCCAAUACCAGACGAAACUUUAACAUCUGUACCAAUUCCAAGUACCGAUUCCAUCAAUUUUCAUCACAUCAAGAGCUACACAACAGAAAGUGCCGAGCAGCAUCCAAGAUUCAAUGUUGAUAAACUGCCAUUUUAUACCUAUCUACACCAUGUUAAUACAAAUUUCGUUUAUAUGUUCGUAGUAAUGGACACAUCUGAAGUUUCACUAGAAAGGAGGCCUUAUAUACCUUUGAUUUUAGAAGCAAUUUUAGAAUGUCCUGUUCUACGUGAUGGAAAAUUAAUCCCUUAUGAAACUGUAGUUUCAGAAUUAGAAAUGGAUACGAUUGCAGUUAGUACUAGAAUAGGAAUUGAAAACACAUCAAGAUUUUCAUGUGGUGCUUACAGUCAUAAUGCGAUUUUUGCCUUACAGCUCGAAUUAGCCAAAUAUUCCAAGGGUGUCAGAUGGAUCAAAGAUCUGUUGUACAGGUCUCAACUCAUUUCUGAAAGACUGAAAAUAAUUGCUUCCAAAAUUAUAAAUGAUGUAGCGCAAAUGAAACGCAAAGGAAAAAAGGUAGUUGAUGAUCUUAUGAAAAGCCUCAUAUAUAAAAAAGAAAGCAACCAUUUUAACGCAAGCAUGUUACGACAACAGCAGUUCCUUACAAAAAUGCUGGAGCGGUUAAAUACGGAAAAUGGUGCAAAAGAAGUUCUAGCUGAAAUAGAUGCCGUACGAAGUAUUCUGACAGCAACUAAAAAUAUGGCUUUGUAUAUGGCUGUUAACAUUGAUAGAUUAGCAAUUCAAGUUCCUGAUGUUUAUGAACCAUGGAAAGAAUUUUCUGAUGCAGAUAACUCCACAAAAUCUAAGCUUCAUGUAGUUCAGGAUUAUGAACUCAUUAAUCCUUUGUCGGAAAUAAAUCUCAAUGGAUGCGUUACUGGUUUGGGUUGCAUAGAAUCUGCAUUUUUCUUGCAAUGUAGUCGUGGAAUUAAAGAUUAUCAACAUCCAGAUUUACCACCUCUAUUAGUCUGUUUGCAAUAUUUGACACAGUUAGAGGGACCAAUGUGGAGACAGAUAAGAGGUCAAGGUUUUGCCUACAGCUAUGACAUUUAUACAAAACCAAAUGAAGGCCUUUUAUAUUUAAUAUUCUAUAGAGCAACGAAUGUUGUAGCAGCUUACAAGGAAACAAAAACUAUCGUUGAUAAUCAUUUAUCUGAGAACAAGUGGGAAUCGUUACUUUUCGAAUCAGCUAAAUCGUCGCUUAUUUACGAAAUUGUUCAAGGAGAAAAGAGUGUCGGAGAUAUGGUUGUUAAAUCAUUGCUGAGUUAUUUCAAGCAAGUACCACACGAUUACAAUCUGCGCAUGGUUAAAAACAUUUCUGCUGUAACAAUGAAAGAUAUUGAGCGGGUGGCUCCGCAAUACCUCAAGCCCUUAUUUGAACCAAGUAGUUGUAAAACAACAAUAGUAUGUCAUCCUUCGAAAUCCAGUGAGAUUGUUAAAGUUUUCAAAGAAUGGAGUCAUGACUUGAAGCUUUAUAAUUCUCUUGAAGAGACAUACUUGAAUUCCUGGUGAAUAUAAACAAGCAAAGAACUUCGCGAGGAAAAGAGAUAUACAUUUUAUACACUAUUAUUUACCGAAUUUAAAGUAGGCAACUUGGUGCCAUUAAAUGAACCAUACAAUAUAGUGAAAUUAUCAAUCUUUUAAUACUGUGUAAUUAAUUUUCAAUUUCUGUAAAAAAAUAUACAUACUUUUGCACGGUUUAUUAAUGCUUACCUAUAUUAUACUUGAAUAAAUUGAAAUUCGAAAUGUUUAAAUAUUUUUAAAAAAUGUGAAUGUUGAUACAUACUUAUAUAUAAAAUAAAAACAUUAACAAAAAAA